AUGGCGGACGACACGAUGUUCUGUUAAAACAUCUUACUAGUACAAUUGAUUGCAUUUUGUAGGAUAUUUCAGGUAAAAUAAUAGUAUUUGGUAACUCUAUUUAAAAGAAGAGGCAUGGAGGAAUCAGUAAUCAUGGAAUUGGAGAAAUCGAAGCAGAAUAUAACGAAAAAUCCUCAGUUGAAGCAAGCGUUUGGAAAAGCAAAGUUGUUCGAAAUUCGGCGACUCGUUCGAAGUAUCAAGCGACUUUCUGCUAAAAAGGGAACGACGCAACAGUUAGAGAAGAACAAGAGAAAAGUUUCAAGGCUUGAGAAGCAGUUAGAAAUACUUAAGGACCUUCACGUGGACACGUUUGUUAAAGCUGCUUCUGCGAAGGCUCACGGAGAUGAAUUGAAUUCCAGUGAUUUGAUGUCAGCAGAUGACGAAGAAGACGUAGCUACGAAAAUAAUAGUUUUGGAAAAAAUUAUAAGCACUGUUGGUUUAGAUAAUAUCAAAGAUUUAGCAGCUACAGUAAAAAGAAAAGACACCAAAGUUAAGUCCAGCAAAGAAAAAAGAACAAAAACAUCUUCCACUAUUUCAUCAACAAUUCGUACGAAUUUGCUUUUUGAAGAUGACAAGGAGCUUGAUAUCUUCAUAGCGGAGAAGAAAGAAGACAAGGAAUUGGAUGAUUUUUUUAGUGAUCCUGUUGUUUCUGAUUGUAACCCAGUGGAUUUUAACGAAAGCAGGGCUCACAAAAGGAGAAAAAUACAAGUCGAAGAUGAGUCUGAUGAUAUCACAAGUAAAGCUUUUGACUCAGUUUUUGUGGGAAAUUUGAAAAGUGGAAAAGGAAAGAAAAAAGUACAAAAAAAUAAAAAGGGUUUUAAGGAUAAAGAAAAGAACCGUUUAGGUCAAAGACAACGGAGAAAGCAAUGGGAAAAGUUGUAUGGGAAUAAAGCUCUUCACUUGAAGAAUGAGAAGAAAACACUAGAAAAAUCAAGUGAUGUUGAUGAAAAGAAGAGAAGAAGUAAGGUACCACAGGAUAAGAAAAAGCAGAAAUUUGAGCCAAAGACCAGCUCGGCUUUGCAUCCAUCAUGGGAAGCAAGCAAGUCAAAGAGAAAACAAGAAUCAAUAGUAGAGUUCAAGGGUCAAAAGAUUACCUUUGAAGACUGAGAACCACAUUUUAUCAACCUUGAAUAGAAACAAGAGGGAAGAAAAAAAGAAGACAUUUUUGAAAACAAUGUUUCAUUUUAAUGGCAUUAAUAGACCCCUUGCAUGUGACGUCAAUUAACUCAAUUGGGAGGACAUAACAAAAGAAUUUCAAUCUCCUGAGAAUUGGAAACAUAUUGUUAUGUUCUCCAAAUAGCCCACUUGUGAGCUUUGCUUGUCACACRCAAAGGUUUCAGUACGAGGCUAUGUGCUAAAUUAAAUUAAUUCUUUUCUCCUAUCACUGAUCACCGAGCAUCAUGCACGAAGCCUCACAUUGAAACCUGUGUGUGUGACAAGCGAAGCAUAUCUCGGAAGUGGGCUCUAAUUGAGCUGCAUUCCAACKUGCUGCAAGGGGUCUAUAGGACCAGGCUYAAAAUAGUGGCUGGUCAAUAAAAAUAUUUUUUUUGGUCAUAAUGUGUACCUGUUUCGGCUACACUUUGUGUCAUUUACUAACGGUCCAUUUCUUGUAAACGGUUGAUCAUGAGAACAAGGCUUAAAAUAAUGGCUGAUCAGUUGCUGGUCAAGACCACAGGCCAAACUAGUUUUAUCUUACAUGUAUGUAAGUCAUYCCUAAUUUCUAGACUUUACUAGUCAAAAUGACCUGCAAGGCAAAGAUUUAAGCAGACGAGUACCAGUUCCAGCUGGACAUUGCCUGAUGUCUGGCCAUUUAUCUUAAGCCCUGGAAAAGACAUAAAUAUUGAUAUAACUCAAACAACUUAAAGAAAAUGACACAUGGUCUGAAAUGGGAAAAGAACUAUAGGUAAAGAGGUCUAUAGUCAACACUAGACUGUAUGCCAAAAUUGGGUAGCAUCUUGGAGUAUGGGUUAACCAAGUUUGUCGUAGGUUUCCAAAYACAUGAGUGGAACUUACAAAUUUUUUGAGGAUUUUGGUUCUCCUCACUUAGAAAAAAGAAAAGAAAAAUUCAAUGUGAGGCAAGAUUCGAACCCGUCACCCUUGACAACAAAUGACAUUACAAUUCUUAUCCGCCCCUAACCGAAAACCUAACCACUCAUCCACGGAGUGAAUUCACUUGGAUGCUUUCAAAAUUUUGUUACAUUUACAGUGCAGAUACUCUAACCAUGAAUACUUCAAGGUUUUUUUUKACAUUUUUUCAACAUUUUUCAAACUUUAUUUAAUGCGUUAUCCAAUCACGACAAUCGUUAGGAGUUCUAUGUUUAGCUUUCUCAUGGGAACUACUGAAAAACUAAAUCACAUCAAUUA